AAAUUCAUAGCAGUGGGCCGCUGUUUAUAUCUGCUUUUUUCCCUGCCUUAACCCUAAAUUUUAAUCUAACCCCUGACCUUGGCUUUAUCGCUAGCUAUAAAGGCUCAAGCUUUUCGCUGAGUAGCGCAAUAGUUGGAUUAUUCGAGAACCAGAUAGCUGCAUCUAUGAGGCUGUGGAUUCAUUGUGACAUUCAUACAGGCGAAACAAGAUUAAGCUGCCUAACUGCGAUCAGGUCGCUCGAGUAUUAAUGAAACGACUUAGCGGCUUUAUUUAUACAUGUACCCUGUCCUUGCUUCCGCUUGGUUGGAGAAAAAAAGACACUCCUCACAUUGUAUGUGUGGCAACAACAUGUCUGUACCCCUGCUCUCUGAAGCCGUCACGGUGCCUGCGACGGAGAAGGAAACGGCUGUGGUGAUCUUUCUUCAUGGCUUGGGUGACACAGGACACGGCUGGGCUGAUGCCAUGACGUCUAUUCGACUGCCAUACAUCAAAUACAUCUGCCCACACGCACCCCGAAUCCCUGUAACACUCAACAUGAAAAUAAAAAUCCACUCAAUUUGGUUUGAUCUGAUAGGCUUAAGCCCAGAGUCACCGGAGGAUGAAGCAGGGAUUAAGAGAGCAGCAGAGAACAUAAAGGCCAUCAUCGAUCUCGAGGUAAAGAAUGGUAUACCAUCCAGUCGUAUCAUUCUUGGUGGCUUCUCUCAGGGUGGAGCUCUCUCUCUCUACACCGCUCUGACCUCUCAGCAGCAGCUAGCGGGUGUUGUUGGACUUAGUUGUUGGCUUCCACUUCACAAGACUUUCCCACAGGCUGCAAGUGGGAGUGGAAACAAGGACACUCCCAUUCUGCAGUGUCAUGGCGAGAUGGAUCCCAUGAUCCCAGUGCAAUUCGGGGCCAUGACAGCAGAGAAGCUCAAGACCAUAAUGUCUCCACAGAAUGUCACCUUCCGCACCUACCCGGGUCUCAUGCAUAGCUCCUGUCCACAGGAGAUGUCUGCUGUGAAGGAAUUCAUUGAAAAGCAGUUGCCCCGAGUCUGACCUCAUUCUAGCUCACUGUGACCCUUAGACACUGACCUCUCACCUCCGACCUGCCAUUCUCCCACAGGAAACAGCCAUGAUCCCCUACAACACAGAAGGACAUACAUGCACAUGCACAUUCAGUUGUACAUACUGUGAACAUGCAACACAUGCAUACCAUGUCAUCUCACACCUUUCUUUGUAAUUUCAUACAUUAGUGGACAUUCAUUAAAAGGGUGAUAUUAUAAGUGGCAUCCGUACAUAGAAUAAUAUUCCAUGAAAGCCUUUUGGGCUUUUCUUUAAGGGAGACUCAUUAACUUUCAUUAUACAUUCCUGUACGCGUUACAUCUUGAACCAUUAUCCAGUAUCUCUCUCCCCUACUCUUCUGUCUCUUUUUUUUACAUAAGCAAGGUGGUAAAGAUAACAUUUUGCUACACAGCUCUGUAACAGAUUUCGGGAGAGUUCAGAUUCUGCAAAUCUGUGGUGGUGGUGGAAGCUAGUGAGAGCCUGGUGCCGCCUGGAGUGACUCGCGUCAUGCUGCUCUGCAUGCUGUCCCACGGUGCAUGCCUGCGGUGGGGCUUUAUUGGGAUACUGCAAAUCAUACUUGUGCUGAAAUAUCUUUUGUUUUUAACUAGAAAUAUGAGAAAGGCAAUUGAAAAUGGCUCAAAUAAACUACGCAAAUGAA